AUGUACAGAGUAACAUUUGACUUUUUUUUUUUACAGAGCCUAUGUCCAAAGCUUCAUCUCACCAGUACCUGGAGAAGGAUGUGGAGGAAGAAGAGCAGAGAGAAAAUAUUAAAUUCAAAGAUGAGAUUGGCAAACAAAAGGGCAAGACUACCUUUGGAGAGGAGACUGCAAAAUGCAGUGAGCCUCAGACACAUUUAAGUGAAUUGGAAGUGACUCAGGAAAAACAUUCAGAUAACUUAUCCCAAACAGUCACUACCGUUUCCCCUGCUGGUCAGGAGUGUACCAGUCAUUAUAACACUAAUUUGAAAACCACCAACAAAAGAGACCAAGCUUCCACAGACUCUGCUGCGCCAGAGAACUUCAACUUAAAUGAAAAGGAAGACCAGACUUGCACUGAGGUGAAGACCGAGAUUGUAACAUGGACUAUUAAAACAAACGCAGGAACACAAGAUAUCAGACACAGCCCAGCAGAAAAUGCUGAAGGUGAGUCAGAACACCAGACGGCUAGUCCGGAGGUGAUCUAUGAUGAUGUACCCUGUGAAGAUCUGUCUUCAGGAGAAGCUGACUUGAUCUAUGAGGACAUUCAGAAAGAGGAGGGCUUGCAAGGGCCCAAUAAUGGCUGGAGCUCAAGUGAGUUUGAAAGCUAUGAUGAGCAGUCCGACUCUGAGAGGGCUCCAACCCGCAGCAAGCUCUCCCCUGAUGUGCGACGACUGAGAGAACGUUACACCAGGACCAAACAGGAGCUAGCCAUGAGACUGGGGGGCAGACAUCAGGUCCAUCAGCUGAUGCGGGCGGCAUGCAGCGGAACGAAAGAUGGCCUGGAGAAGACCAAAAUCGCUGUAAUGAGGAGAGUUUCAUUCCUACAUAAAAAGGAGCACUCAGAUGACACUGAGGAUGAUACAGGGUAUCUGGAUGUUAUGGUAUCAGAGGCAAAACACCCACCUGCACAACUGGGACCAAUGCCAGAUGGGCUUAGCAGCCAACAGAUUGUCCGACGCCAUAUUUUGGGCUCCAUUGUGCAGAGUGAGAGGAGUUAUCUGGACUCUCUAAAACGGAUUCUACAGGAAUACCAGCGUCCUCUGAUGGAGGCUGAGCCUCGAAUCCUCAGUGUCAGGAAAAUCCGGCCCAUUUUUUUCCGUCUGCGGGAGAUCAUGCAAUGCCACUCCAUGUUCCAGAUUGCCCUGGCAUCUCGGGUGGCCGAAUGGGACUCUUGUGAAAAGAUUGGGGACCUGUUUGUAGCUUCAUUCUCAAAAUCCAUGGUGCUGGACGUAUAUAGUGAUUACGUCAAUAACUUCACCAAUGCCAUGGCCCUAAUUAAGAAAGCCUGCAUGUCUAAACCAGCAUUUCUGGAGUUUCUCAAGAAGAAGCAGGCAUCCAGCGUUGACCGUAUUACUCUCUAUGGUCUGAUGGUGAAGCCUAUUCAGCGUUUUCCUCAAUUCAUACUCCUCCUGCAGGACAUGCUGAAGAACACUCCCACUGGCCAUGUGGACAGGCUGCCCUUGCAAUUGGCUCUGACUGAAUUGGAGACCCUGGCUGAGAAACUCAAUGAGCAGAAAAGGGUGGCUGAUCAGGUCACUGAGACGCAGCAGCUGGCUCGCUGUGUCAGUGACCGCUCUCUCAGCAAGCUGCUGAACUCCGAGCAGAUCUCUUUGAUCCUUUGCGAGACGCUGAUUGAGACAGUGUACAGCGAACGAGGACAGGUCCUCAAGUCUAAGGAGCGAAAAGUCUUUCUCUUCGGUGACAUGCUCAUCUGUGCCAACAUCAACGUCAAGGGGCCCCCUGACAUCAGCAGUCUGGUUCCAGUAGGUCCCAAGUACACCCUGAAGUGGAGCGCCCCCUUGCAGCAGGUCCAGGUAGUUGAAGUGGGUCAAGAGGGCACCCAGACUAAGGAUACUCUUUAUCAGCUUGGAGGCGUCAAGCGUCCUGGUGGCUCUUCGGGAUCAGGAAGUAUCAUUCUGGGUCCGCCCCGUCUGUAUCAGGAACUGCAGGAGUUGCAGCAUGACCUCUCAGUGGUAGAGCAGGUCACUCUGCUCGUGGGGACUUUACAGGGAACGUACCAGAAUCUGAACACCACUGUAGCACAGGACUGGUGUUUGGCUCUGCAAAGGCUGAUCCGCAUCAAGGAGGACCAAAUUCAGAGUGCCAACAAGUGCCGUUUACGAUUGCAAGUCCCUGGCAGACCAGACAAGUCUGGUCGUCCUGUGAGCUUCACGGUUGUCUUCAACACUCCAAGCCCCGUCAGCAAGAUCUCCUGGGUCAACCGGUUCCACUUAGCGAAAAUAGCACUGAGAGACGAAAACACACCGGGUUGGUUAUCUGCAGAGGAUGAUGGGAAGACAAAAGCUCCGUUUUGGUGUCCACUGUUGGCCUGUCGCAUGUCUGUCUUUACCUCCAAAGCCCGGGAAUGGAAGCUGGAGGCUGCUCUUCAUAAUCCUGUUCAAUGUGCUUUACUUGGUUUCUCAGCGGUGAGCACUUCGCUUCCUCAAGGCUACCUAUGGGUAGCCGGUGGAGGCGAUUCCACUCAAGGCCAGGUGGACAUCUUCUCCUUGAACAGACCCACACCUCGGCCUGUAAAAUCCCUCCAGAUGGGAGCUCGAGUAAGGUGUUUGGAGUAUGUGCCUGAGCCCACCCCUUCAGAGGAUGCUGAAACCGGCCCUUAUAACUCCACGGGAGUUGGAAAUACUAUCUGUGUGGGACUUGAUGAUGGCUGCAUUCUGGUCUAUGGCAGUAUGGACACGGCCGCCCAAUGUCUUGUGACUCUCCGUAACUCAGAGGGCUGUCCAGUUCUGUGUCUCAAACAUUCUGGGAACUUCCUGUUCGCUGGCCUACGGGACGGAACGCUGAUGGUGUACGAGAGACAUCCCGGAGGGGAACUGUGGAACCAAGACACCUGUAGAAAAGUAACAGUUGGUUCAGAUCCCAUCAGGACACUUCUUGCCUUGGAGGGCUCGGUCUGGGCUAGCUGUGCUAACACAGUAACUGUACUUGACGUCUCCAGUUUGUCCACUCAGAGGUUUGAGGUCCAUCAAGACCCGAUGGUGAGCGUGGCCCACAUGGUGCGAGCUGGUGGGGGCGCAUGGAUGGCCUUUUCAGAAGGUUCUUCUAUACGCUUGUUCCAUACGGAAACACUGGAGCACCUGCAGGAGAUCAACAUAUCUACACCCUCGUCAUUUUACAACCCCAGUCAAAAGAGCGUGAGAGUUACCAGCCUACUGAUUUGCCAGGGGCUGCUGUGGGUGGGAACUGCCCAGGGCAUUAUCAUCACCCUGCCUGUGCCCAAGCUGGAGGGCAUCCCCAAAAUUACAGGUAAGGGGAUGACGUCUCUUAAUGCACACUGCGGGCCUGUGGAUUUCUUAGUUGCCCUUUCCAGCACUUUGUCUCCUGAUCUUCUGAAGCGGGAUUCUGUGGUGGAAGGGCAUGAUUCGGCCUGUGGAGUAGAGGACCGCAGCGACUCUUCCUCUCAGGAAUCUCUCCAGCAGGCCAGUAUUUCCGCCCAGGUAGAUGGCAAAAGAAAGGGACGGGGCAUGCUGCUACAGUACCGCCUCCGCUCAACCUCAGGUUUGCCCGGGCGACCGUUAACCGUGAGAGGGGAAGAAGCCUCAGAUUCGUCUUUAGAAUCUUUGGAACACAGCAUGGAAGAUGGCGCUAUAUAUGAACUCAGUGAUGACCCAGACAUGUGGGUCAGGGGUCGACCCUGCGAUAGGAAGGGGGUGAGGAGGGACAGGGUUAUCUCGGUAGCAGUCAUCUCGGGUGGAAAGGGCUUCCGUCGACUGAGGGAGGGUUCAGUGACGACCACCGCAGAAAGCACACUUAUGAUCUGGCAGCUUCCUCUCACAGUUUGAGCUGAAAUUGUGUUUAAGGAGUAGUGGAAUGAAAAUUU